CACAGUCCUUUUCGCCGCGCGGCACCGCCUUCCGGCCCAGUGGCGGCUCAAGAUGGCGGCCGACAGUGAGCCCGAGUCCGAAGUGUUUGAAAUCACCGACUUCACCACCGCCUCCGAGUGGGAGAGAUUUAUUUCAAGAGUUGAAGAGGUUUUAAAUGACUGGAAGCUUAUUGGUGUUUCUACAGGCAAACCUUUAGAAAAGGGAGUGUAUACCACAGAAACAUGGGAGGAAAGAUCAGAUGAGAUCUCUUUUGCUGAUUUCCAGUUCUCUGUCACACAUCAUUAUCUUGUGCAAGAAUCCAGUGAAAAGGAUUCCAAAGAGGAGUUAGUAGAAGAUGCUCUUCCGGUUGCUAUGCAAGAUCUACUGUGUAUGAACAAUGAUUUUCCUCCCAGAGCACAUUGUCUGGUGAGAUGGUAUGGCUUGCGUGAAUUUGUGGUCAUUGCACCAGCAGCAAAUAACGACGCUGUUCUUAGUGAAUCUAAAUGUAACCUCCUCCUAAGUUCGGUUUCUAUUGCAUUGGGAAAUACAGGGUGCCAAGUGCCAUUAUUUGUGCAAAUUCAACACAAAUGGCGAAGGAUGUAUGUUGGAGAGUGUCAGGGUCCUGGAGUUAGAACAGAUUUUGAAAUGGUUCAUCUUCACAAAGUGCCCAGUCAGUAUACUCAUGUGUCAGGACUAUUGGACAUCUUCAAAUCCAAGAUUGGUUGUCCAUUAACUCCACUGCCUCCAAUUAAUAUAAGUAUUAGACUUACAUAUGUCCUUCAGGACUGGCAGCAAUAUUUCUGGCCCCAACAGCCACCAGAUAUAGAUGCUUUGGUUGGAGGAGAAGUUGGAGGGCUAGAAUUUGGAAAGUUACCUUUUGGUGCCUGUGAGGAUCCUAUCAGUGAACUCCAUUUAGCAACUACUUGGCCACAUUUAACAGAAGGUAUAAUUGUGGACAAUGAUGUUUAUUCAGACUUGGAUCCCAUGCAAGCCCCUCAGUGGUCUGUGAGAGUCCGAAAAGCAGAUAAUCCACAGUGUUUAUUGAGUGACUUUGUUACUGAAUUUUUCAAGCUGUGUCUUCGGAAGGAAUCAACUGAUGAGAUUCUUGGAAAAUCAGCAUUUGAAGAAGAAGGAAAAGAGGUUGCUGAUAUAAGCCAUGCUUUGUCAAAGCUUACGGAACCAGCACCAGUACCAAUCCAUAAACUGUCGGUGACAAAUAUGGUUCACACUGCAAAGAAAAAGAUUCGUAAACACAGGGGUGUAGAUGAGUCACCGCUGAAUAAUGAAGUCCUCAAUACUAUUCUCUUGUACUUAUUCCCUGAUGCUGCUGACAAAUCAGCAGAUGGAUCUGAAGCCAGAACUAGCACUUCAACAGGAAACCUUCCUCCCCCAGACAACGAAGACUAUAAUCUCUACAUCCAAUUCAAAUCUGCUCCUUUGGAUAGUCUUACUUACAAACUGGCCCUUUGCCUUUGUAUGAUCAACUUCUACCAUGGUGGGGUCAAAGGAGUUGCACAUCUCUGGCAGGAAUUUGUCCUGGAAAUGCGGUACAGAUGGGAGAAUAACGUCUUUAUUCCAGGGUUAGCCAGUGGUGCUCCAGAUCUGAGAUGUUGUUUACUGCACCAGAAACUUCAGAUGUUAAAUUGCUGCAUCGAAAGAAAGAAAGAAAGAGACGAGGGGAAAAAAUCAAAUAGUUUUGACCGUGGGUCCAGUGACACUGGAAAACAAGACAGAGAUUAUCACAAGGAGAGUGAUAAGGAAAAGGGAGAAGUGGGGAAGUCUUGGGAGUCGUGGAGUGAUAGCGAAGAAGAAUUUUUUGAAUGCCUGAGUGAUACAGAAGAACUUAAGGGAAAUGGACAAGAAAAUGUGAAAAAAGGGGUUGCCAAAGAAGGCAGCAAAGAGACUUUACCCUUAAAGCCAGAAGGACGUCUACAUCAGCAUGGCAACUUGACUUUGCUCCAUCCUGGGGAACCUCUCUAUGUCCCAGUAACACAGGAACCAGCUCCUAUGACGGAAGACCUGUUAGAAGAACAGUCUGAAGUUUUGGCUAAACUGGGAACGUCAGCAGAAGGAGCCCAUCUUCGAGCUCGCAUGCAGAGUGCUUGUUUGCUGUCAGAUAUGGAAUCCUUCAAGGCUGCCAACCCUGGUUGUUGUCUGGAAGACUUUGUGAGAUGGUACUCGCCUCGGGAUUACAUUGAAGAGGAAGCUGUGGAUGAAAAAGGAAAUGUAGUCAUUAAGGGUGAGCUGAGCGCCCGAAUGAAGAUCCCAAGUAACAUGUGGGUUGAAGCAUGGGAGACUGCAAAGCCGAUUCCAGCGAGAAGGCAGAGGCGACUCUUUGAUGACACUCGAGAGGCGGAGAAGGUGCUACACUAUUUUGCAGUUCAGAAGCCAGCAGAUCUUGCCCGGCACCUCCUCCCUUGUGUCCUUCACGCAGCUGUACUCAAGGUAAAGGAAGAAGAAUCACUGGAAGAUAUUACUUCAGUAAAGAAGAUAAUUAAGCAGAUAGUCACCCACUCCAGUAAAGUGCUCCGGUUUCCAAACCCGGAAGACAAAAAGAUGGAAGAAAUCAUUGCUCAGAUUAUGAGUGUGGAAGCCACUAUUGCCCGGGCAAGAUCAUUGAAAGCAAAGUUUGGGAUAGAUAAAUGUGAUCAAGAGGAAGAACGCAAAGAUCUAGAAAAUUUUGUAAAUAGCUUUUUGGAACAGCCAGAGGUAUCUGUCAUUGGUGCUGGAAGAGGGCCUGCCGGCACUAUAAUCCAUAGACUUUUUGUGAAUGCGCAGAGGGCACCCACGAUGCUGCCACUCGAUGAAGAACUGAAGAGGUCCGGCUCCUCUGAUGAGAAAAGGCUGAAUUCGGGAUCAGUUGCAGAUUUUCCAUCACCGGCUGGGCGUGAGGUUAUAUUACGCACCAUUAUCCCUCGGCCUGCCCCUUAUUCUAAACCUCUGCCUCAGCGAAUGUACAGUGUUCUUACAAAAGAAGACUUCCGACUUGCUGGGGCCUUCUCAUCUGAUACAACGUUCUUCUGAUGUUACUGUGU